AUGCCGCUGCACGCCGUCUCCCUGUGCGGCGCCCUGCUGCUGCUGGCCGCCGCUCCGACAGCACUCGGCCGCCCAGACGUGACGCUCGGCGACAUCGUCCGCAACCUGACCGCGCCGGCCGACAGCGCGCCCUGCGCCGAGCUCGGCCGGGCCGUGGAGGCUCUGCAGCAGCAGCUGACGGCCGCCCAGUCGAGCGGCGGCCAGUGUCCGGCCGGCUGGAGCCGCCACCGGCACAGCUGCUACCUGAUGCCGGCCGUGACGGCCACCUGGUUCGGCGCCAGCGCGCUGUGUCCGGCCAUGGACCGCCGGGCCCGGCUCGCCUCGGUGCACAACGACAACCACCAGUUUGUCGAGGAGCUGGUGGCCACCAGCGACGCCACCUUCGUGUGGGUGGGCGGGAUGAGGCUGCGGAAGGGAGGCCGGGACUGGGGUUGGCAGGAUGGCACGCCGUUCGACUUCACCAACUGGGCCGCCGGACAGUCGACCGCGGGCAACGAGCUGUGCCUGGAGCUGCAGGGCCCCCGGAGCCGCCACGACGCCAGACUGGGGCAGUGGCACGACGUCAUCUGUGACGGCGGCCCGUACCAUUUCCUCUGUCAGAUCACACUACCCACCGAGGUGCGUUAA